CGUGGGGUUUCCGCGCGGGCUCCGGGACACCGGCGCCAUCCAUACCCAGCGCUGGCCACGCAGGGGGCCCCGCCGAUGGCUGCUGUGGGAGACGAGGUCCUGGGCGCCUUCAUGUACCCGGCCUGCGCCCCCUACUCUUACCCCUUCCCUUUCCCGCCGGCCAAGGGCGCCGAUGGCUGGCGGCUGCGCGGCGGGGGCCACCCGCCCGCCUCGUCCUCCCCCGCCACAGGAGCGACCGCGUCGUCCUUCCCCGGCCACGGGCAGCUCCCGGCCACCGAGUACUUCGACAACUACCAGCGCGCGCAGCUGCUUGCGCUCCUGUCGCACGCGAGCCCGGGCUUCGGGCCGCGCCCCCGCAAGCCCAGCUGCCGCGACGUGGGGGUACAGGUGAACCCGCGGCGCGACGCCUCGGUGCAGUGCGCUCUCGGACGGCAGACGCUGGCGCGCAGGCCCCGGGACCCGGGGACCCCGACCGUCCCCGCACGCUUCCCGCGCUCCCGCGCCGUGUACUCGCCCGUGCUCUCCAGCUGCCUCACCGCCUGCCUGGAGGAGGCCUCGGCUGGCGCUACGCAGGGACACGGGGCGCCGGAGGGGGACGAGGGAACGGCGAGGAAGGCGUCCCCGCCGCGGGCCGGGCAGGAGCAGCAGGAGGACCCCGGUGGGGCCGGGCCGCCGUUGCAGGAGGCUCAAGCCGGCGAGGCGGCCCCACAGCCCGCGCCGCGGAGCCCCGAGCAGCCCCUGGCGGCAGGGAGGGCUGGGGACAGCGAGGAUGUGGCUGCCACGGCGCAGGAGAAGUCACCGCAGGACGCCCCUGGCAAGGAGCGCCUGCGCUUCCAGUUCUUAGAGCAGAAAUACGGCUAUUACCACUGCAAGGACUGCAACAUCCGAUGGGAGAGUGCAUACGUGUGGUGUGUACAGGGCACGAACAAGGUUUACUUCAAACAGUUUUGCAGAACUUGUCAGAAGUCUUACAACCCUUACCGUGUGGAGGAUAUCACCUGUCAAAGUUGUAAAAGAACUAGAUGUUCCUGCCCAGUAAGACUUCGCCACGUGGACCCCAAACGCCCCCAUCGCCAAGACCUGUGUGGGAGAUGCAAAGGCAAACGCCUGUCCUGUGACAGCACUUUCAGCUUUAAAUAUAUCAUUUAG